GCACGAGAGCAUGGUGGGUAAUUUUCAAAAUGGCUGCUGCCAUGUGAAAGAAUUUUGUGUUUUGCUUCCAUUUUAUGUUAUUUUGGCGUUCCUGUCACGCAUACAGCGCCAAUAGUCUGUGUAGAAGUUAAAAUCUGUAAACAGGGAAACGUGCGCAAAGCUUGGAAGCUAACAUGGGAGGGAAAAACAAGCAGCGGACGAAAGGAAACGUCCGGCCGUCCAGCAGCGGGCGCAUGGCGGAACUCAUGUCACGCGUCUCGUCCGGCGAGAGCGGUUUUGUCGGGUUCGGAGCGAUGUCCGGGGACCUGGGGUACGUGCCCGCGGCGCAGGGUACCGAGGACAUAGAUGCGUCCGUGGAUCCAGAAUUCCGCAUGGUCCUCAGGAAACUGUCCAAGAGAGACGUGACCACAAAACUGAAGGCUAUUCAGGAGUUUGGUGGCCUGUGUAAGGAAAGAGGUGAGGAGGCUGUGAAGGGAGCACUGCCCUACUGGCCCAGACUGUACAACAGGAUAGCAGUGGACCAUGACAGAAGGGUCCGAGAAGCUAGUCAAGUAGCCUUCCAACAGUUAGUUCUUAAGGUUGGGCGAAGCCUGGCGCCUCACCUGAAGCACCUGAUGGGCAUCUGGCUCCUGUCGCAGUGUGACACCUACGUGCCGAGCGCAGACGCCGCCAGGCUCGCCUUCAGCAGUGCCUUCCCCCAGAACAAGCAGGCGGAGGCACUGGUCUUCUGUAAACAUGAGGUCCUCACACAUCUCCAAGAUAAUCUUUUUAAGCAGACACCACAAACAAUGAGCGACCCAAAGACGACCUCGCCAGAGGAAGUUGAAGCUAAGUACCAGCGUGUGGUGACAGCUUCUCUCAUGGCCAUCAAACUCUUCAUGAACACCAUCCCUGCCUCCGAGAACAUGGAGCUGACGGACACUUACAGCCAUUUCCUUGGCAACGACAAGCUGUGGAAAUUCAGCAAGCAUAAAUCACCACAGAUCCGUGGCGCGCUGUACUCCGUGAUCGCUGCGUUCUGUGUUCACGCUCCCGAGGUGGCGCGGAGGGAAGCCCCGCGGGUGUGUCCGUCCGUCCUGGGGAACCUGGACGACUCGGACCCUGCGGUGUGCCCCCAUCUGUGGGAGGCGGUACUGCACGUCAUCUCAACCAUUGAGGACUGCUGGCAGCACGUGAACCCACGUAAGUCUGUCCUGCCGAAGCUGUGGAUCGUGUUAAGGACCGCGGGAAAGGGGUCGGGGACCGCCAUCUUCCCAAACAUCCUGCCGCUUCUCAGCAAGAUCCCAGCCGACAUCAUCGGAACAGGCAUUGGCUUCUACCAGGAGUUCUUCAACAACCUCAAGAUGGGGUUAAGCAGUGAGCAUGUACAGUAUAACAGUCGUGAGCGUGGUGCAGUGGUGUCAGCGUUCAUGGAGUGUCUGCGAUACUGUCUGGUGAACAACACGGGAGACGAUGGAGAGGCACACGCUAUACAGAACCACCUCAUGCUGGAUCAGUUGAUGCCUGUAGUGGAAGCGUCCCUGGUGGAACACAAGUCCCGCCUCAGCACCUCCCCCCUGCACCCCAUGGUGGCCGACCUCAUCUCCUACAUGGACAAGCGCAGUCAGCCAGACUCCGACACUCACCACACGUACCAGCGCCUGCUCACACUUCUCUGGAGGAACCUGGGUCCAGUGUGCUCGGCACAACUCAAGAUGGAGGGGGACUCUAAGACAGUACAUCAAGUUUUAAACAACGUUGCUAGUCUUCUUGAAUGCAUAAGGACUCCCUCCAGCAAACACAAGCUGGUGGCUAAAAGGACUAGCAGGGUCACUUUUUCCAUUUCCGACGAUCACGCCCACCACGGCGCGCGACAGAAAACCUCUCCCUUACACAGGCCUACCUCUGCUGAAAGUGGUAGCACCGAGUCAGAAAGAACUAGUGGUGGCACAAACGACCCAGAAGUUGCUCUGAAAGAUGGCCCCAUGUUGGAGCUCGUUUGUUCCUUAUCCAAGAGUGCACUGAAGAUCACCCAAGAAGAGAGCUCCCUCCCCCACCUCACUUUUCUGGCCAGGAUGGUCAAAGCCUUUCCCUGUCGUCACCUCUUCACUGAGCUCUUCAAGGUGGAUUCGGAAGACAGGAAGGAGGAGGAUUCGCAGGAGGAGGUGAUACAGGAGUUCUUCUCCGUGGUGCUGUUGCCAUGGCUACAGAAGGAGGACGCUGUGGUUGCUGCGGAAACCGAGAUGUCAGGACAGACGAUGGAACACCUGGUGACCAUCCUGUUUGCACUGGUGGAGUGUUGUGAGGGGGAGGAGCAGAAGUUCAAACUUGUAGACACUGUUAUACAGGCUGACCAGUAAGUUUGUGAGUCCAGUUCUGUGUUCAGCAGAGAUCCAGGCUGUCCAGAACACACAGCACAGCUUUGACAACAUGACAGUUAAAGGUCGCCCUGCUGCCCGAGAGGUCGUGGCGACCUACACGGUUGACGAGGUCUCCAUGGAGCUGGUGGUGCAGCUGCCGGCCAAUCACCCGCUGGGGACCGUCAACGUGGAGAGCGGGAAACGUGUCGGGGUGGCCAGCGCGCAGUGGAGGAACUGGAUGCUGCAGAUGACAACCUUCCUGUCUCACCAGAAUGGCAGUAUCAUGGAUGGACUCAUCCUGUGGAAGAAGAACGUAGACAAGAGGUUUGAGGGAGUGGAAGACUGCAUGGUGUGCUACUCUGUCAUCCACGGCUCCAACUGUCAGCUGCCCAAACUCUCCUGUAAAACAUGCAAGAAGAAGUUCCACUCUGCUUGUCUGUACAAAUGGUUCAGCACUAGCAACCAGUCCUCCUGCCCCCUCUGUAGGAACUUGUGGUGA